ACAAGGAUUACAAUUAAAUGCGCCACAGAUGCGAGUUUCGUGAGAGAAACAGAGAGAGAGAAAGUUCGGAUACCCUAAAACUGAGAAGAGGACGAAGCGCGCAUCCUAAUCGUUUUUUCCGACAGGUGGCAGGAACGUCGCGUGGUGCUACGGGUCCGGUUUGGGGAGAUGGUAAGGGCGGAGUCACUGGACUGAAGGAUCUAAUGUGGUGGAGACACCGUCACACCGAGCCAGCUCCCUAGCAACGCACAGUGCACUGCCGGAUAGAUAGCACCAACUCUGCUUUCCUCUGGCCAAAGGGCUCUAGAGAUGUGUGACUUUUUCUCUCUUCGGAGGACAUCUUAAAUGCAGAUGAUACGAAUUAUUUCGGAAAUAGCCUCUUAAGGAUUGUUGGGGUUCGGGAAGCGUGAAGAAUACAAGUUGUCUUUGAGAAGUGGAUGAAAACGCACAAUCUAUGUGCCUGGACGUAGGGCUAUAUCAAGCACAAAAGUAGUCGUAAUUUGAAAUGUGGACGAAACUUGUUUCCGAUAUUCAGUAGACACUUCCAUCCCAAAUGAAGACAUCGUGGGUGAAGAACGGUGACAAAGACGGCUCUUAUUUCGACCACAACUAAGGAGUUGAGACAUCCGCAAGUUGUGUGAGGCUCGCUUGUCAACCCCGGAGAGAUGAGUUGCUUCUGUGCAGUCCAAGAGGAGUUUUAUUGCGAAGUGCUCCUCUUGGACGAAACUAAACUUGCGCUGACCACUCAGCAACAAGGAAUCAAGAAGUCCACAAAGGGGUCUGCGGUUCUGGAUGUGGUGCUCAGCCAUGUGAACCUGGCAGAGACUGACUACUUUGGCCUGCGCUACUGUGACCGGAGCCACCAAACGUACUGGCUGGAUUCCUCUAAAACACUGGCUGAACAUAAAGACCUAAUUACAACAGGGCCUCCCUACACUCUUUACUUUGGUGUCAAGUUUUAUGCUGAAGACCCCUGCAAACUUAAGGAGGAGAUCACCAGAUACCAGUUCUUCCUCCAGGUGAAACAGGAUGUCCUGCAAGGCCGCCUCCCCUGCCCCUUAGACGUCAGCACUCAGCUCUCUGCCCUCGCCAUUCAGGCUGAACUGGGAGACUACGACCCCUACAAGCACCUGGCAGGUUACGUAUCGGAGUACCGGUUCGUCCCCGACCAGAAGAAGGAGCUGGAAGACGCUGUGGAGCAAGUUCACAAAACUAUAACGGGUCAGGUUCCUGCCGAAGCAGAACUCAAUUAUUUAGCCAUUGCCAAAACACUGGAAAUGUAUGGAGUUGAUCUUCAUCCAGUAUUUGGAGAGAGCCACUCGGAGUAUUUCCUGGGGUUGACUCCAGUCGGAGUGGUCGUGUACAAGAAUAAAACACAAGUUGGGAAGUAUUUCUGGCCAAGGAUUACAAAGGUCUAUUUUAAGGAAACACAAUUUGAGCUCCGUGUCGUCGGAAAAGAUUGCAGUGAAACGUCCUUUGUCUUUGAGUCUCCCACUAAGACGGCCUGUAAAAACCUUUGGAAAUGUUGUGUAGAGCACCACACCUUCUUCAGAAUGCCAGAAAAUGACUCCAAUACACUGACGAGAAAGCUGUCUAAAUUUAGCGCGCUCGGCUCCAAGCAUCGUUACAGUGGGAAGACAGCAGUGCAGAUGGGGAGGGAGCAGACUGCCAGCCUGCCCCGACCAGACCAGCAAGUGGCCCGGAGCCGCAGUAAGACCUACCCCAAGAGAGCCCAGCAUGCAGCUGAACUGACCAAUGGGAGCCCACCCGCCUCGAAAGCAGAGCACACUGGGAGUGAGCUGACCACUAAAACCACAACUCCUUGCCCACUGAAGAGCUCUAAAGCAAACAAGGUAGAGAACCAACCGGAAGAGUCUCGUGGGAAAGAUGGCGCUCCGUGGGACGAGAAUGCUCCACAGAGUGGUCUGUAUAAUUCCGCUAAUGAGCGUAAUAAGUCCCCAAAAUUCCCCAAUGCCCGCAGACGCACCCCUUCGGGCGGAAGCGAGAACGAGCCCAAUCACUCUUCCAGACGCAGGAGGGGCCAGAGCAACGAAGAUCCGGAGAGUAAGCAGCACAGGAGAAGGUCGCGUUCCCGUGGCAACACCAGCAGUGGCAGUGAGUCUGAGAAUUCCAACAAGGAACACCGUAAAAAGAGGAACUGGUCCCGUCAGGAGAAUGAGAUGGUGGACUCAGGGCCCCAGUGGGAGGCUGUGCAGCGCCGUCAGAAGGAGAAGUCCAACAACGAGCCCAACCACCGGCGCUCCAGACACCGCUCACGAUCGAGAAGUCCGGAUGUGCAGGCAAAGGAACAGUUGUGGAAACACAUCAAGAAGGAGCUGGUGGAUCCAUCUGGCCUUUCAGAGGACCAGCUGAAGGAGAUCCCUUAUAAGAAAGUAGAAACCCAAGGUGACCCGAUCAAGUUCCGUCACUCACAUUCCCCAAGGAGUUACCGUCAAUACCGCCGUUCCCACUGUUCAGACGGGGAGCGUUCCGUGCUCUCCGAGGUCAACUCUAGGACAGACCUUGUCCCUCCCCUUCCUGUCACCCGCACCGCCGAUGUCCCAGGCUCAAGCCACACCCCCUCACAGAAAAAGGCCGGAUCGAAGGACAGCGUCUCGGAGAGCACCGAGCCGGAGCCUAAAAGCGGGACCAAGGCUGUGAGGGCUCUCCACACGCCCAGGACCAAGACAGAAACAUGAUGAUGAUGAUGAUGGACGUGGAACUGACAGUGUUGUCUCUCCCCCCUCGCACGAGAGGGGCGGAAAUGAACUCUCAUGAACAUUCAGCUAAAGAUACUGUAAUGGUCCUAAGGAUGCUCCACUGCACACACUCCUCCUAAAGGCAUCUUUUUCCUUCAACACUCCUCUGCAUUCUUCUCGCAUCCUCUGGGCCUGCACUGGUUCUCCUCCCUAUGGCCUUAGGCGAGAGUGUGUGUUUACUGGAGCGGUGGAGCCGACGCUUAAAGGAAAGCCCUGUUCACAGAGGGAAGAAGAGUUCAGGCCAGGAAUGGACUACCAGCUGUUCACUCCACAGACUCUUUCCAGGGACACAGCCAGGAGCUUCCACUGGAAACAGCAGUUCCCUCCAAGGUUCCCUUUUGGAGAAAGGCUUAUGGAGCGUUCCCCUUCAUUAAGCUCUGAAGAGGUCUGAAAUAUUAUGUGUUUGUGUUUUAUAGAAUGGAACCCUAAAAAGUACUAACAUGGUCUUCUCUGAUUAGAUGUGCCCAGCCAGGUGUCACACAUGAACAAGGUGUACUUGUACAUACGCAAAUGUUUUAAUCCCAGGGGACAGUGCUGCAAAGUGUAAGAAAACUUAUAAAACUGUAUCAUGGAAGACUGUCUUGAAUGGGGGAAAGACAUUCUUUGUGGACUGUUGGACAGCAAUCUCCCUAUCCUCUUGAACCAAUCAUGUCCUCUCAAAAUCCUAUUAGGUAUAAGGGUUUGUAUUGUUCCACAAUGGAUUUAUGUAUCCAUGUCUUUUGUCAUACACUAUUCAGUAGUUUAGACUUAAACAAGUAAGAACGCAUUUUUCUGAUCUGUUCUUGUACUUUGUAAACAAUACCAGUGAUCAGUGUCAUAUAUCUGAACGGCAGUCAUUAUUUGUUUUCUGUUAAUUGUAUUCUGACAAUCAGAUGAAGGUAAUAUGUGGAUUAUUUGCAUUUGUGUUCAGUCACUACUCACUGCAAGCUUUCAUCCACGCAGUUAGCAUGUCAAAGCCCCUUAAGGUUUCACGUAUUUGUUUAAAGGUCAGUGUUAAGUCCUGUUGAACUCAUCUCGUAUGAAGACCACUGUGAACGCUGCUUGGAUGCCAUGUCUUCUUGUCAGGUAUUAGUUUUUUUUUGUUUUUUUUUGCUAUAGGAAAACCUUGCUGCUGUAUUCUCCAACAAGAAUUGUUUUGCACAUUAGUUAAGUAGUUUUGUCUUUUCCUGCUGUUGUAAUGAAAAAAAAAAAAAAGAACCUGGAUUCUCAUUAAUAAACUCGUUUCACACUGAAAAA